AUGCCAGGUGGGUCUACAAAAAAGACAUGUCCCUUCUGUCAGAACAUUUUAUUUUGUGCACAGAAGAUCUGUGCACAUUGCCUUAAGGAGCAGCCAAAAAAGCUGCGCCUUGAGAAGAAGCUCAAGCGGUUUGAUGAGAAGCGAGAGGAUUGGGUGUCUGGGCGGAAGAAGAACCACAACAUUGCUUCCAUCAAGGAUGAAGCCAUUGUCUUGCUUGAGAAACUCCAUGCCAUUGGCUUUAAACCAGUGCUGCUUCUUGGCAAGGAGACCAGGAAGAAGGAGGUCAAAUGUGAAAUCCUAACCCCUCGCUGCACACUGACCGCCUAUGCCCAGGAUUACCUUGACAAGAUAGGCACUUUUUAUGAGUUCCUUUGUGAAGCUGCAAACCCCCCCCCCGUGAAGCAGUGUACCACCAAAGAGGUAGGGCAGGAGGCAGGGACGUCAGAGAGCCAGGUGCCAGAGACAAGCACCGUGCAGGUGGAGGUGCUGAAGACCCCCCCCGUGAAGCAGUGUACCACCAAAGAGGUAGGGCAGGAGGCAGGGACGUCAGAGAGCCAGGUGCCAGAGACAAGCACCGUGCAGGUGGAGGUGCUGAAGACCCCCCCCGUGAAGCAGUGCACCAUCAUAGAGGUGGGGCAGGAGGAGCAGCCCCAGCGGGAUGAUCUGAGACAGGCUACCACCACGGAGGGGCCAGCUGUCAGGACAGGGUCCGUGAGGGACACAGUACUUGGUCCUAGACGCAAAAAGAAAAAGUCAGUGGCAAGGAGUGGGCUCAUUCCUGGCAGCCGAAGAAUUCUCCGGGAUAAUGCAUAA